ACGCGCAGGCUCGUCCAUUGCAUCUGUUUUGAGCGGGUACAUGACGCAUAUAUACAUAUCUAUAACAUCACUCGAAGCCAUGUGUGCCAUGCCGUGCAGCUGCGAACUGGUGCUGCUGGGCAUGUCGAGGCUCAAUUAAUCAAUGAAUCCAAUCUGAGAGCAAAACAUUCCCCCAAGAUGAUCAAUCAAAGUGCUGCGAUGGCUGGCUUUCCAUGGUAUCGAGUGGGCCCUUGCUUGCGCGCCCACAACGUUAAACAAUGUAAACAAAAACAAGUCGUACUCGGAGCUGCGGGCUAGUACAUGCCAAGCACGAUGCCGGCCUGACACACUGACGAUGAGCGACGUCCUUUCAUGAACCUCAUCCCUCCCCAUCCACCCGCGCUUGUUUGCACCCUCCCCCCAGCAACCGCUGCUCUGCUACAUGUAUACACGCGCAUCAAUGAGCUAACGAGCCGUCAAUACCAACCCUGCCUUCUCGACUGUCUCUGCCGUGCCCUCUAUCAGCGCGCCGCCCUCAAAGACGUGUCGGAAGCGUUGUGCGCCCCUUCUCUCGCUCUCACCGUCUGUAUCCAGAGCAAGGCGAGUCGCAGCUGCUUCCGUUGGCCGCUGAUCCGAUUGCCCUGCCGCCCUCUGUCGUUUGUCCGCUCCUGCUGAAAAGAAACACGUCGGUCGUUCCUCCUACGCUUCACCACCACUGUCGUCACCAUGGAAUGGGCAACCUCCCUUACCGAUCCGAGCUCGCCGCUGAGCGAAGCUCCCGCUUCUUCCCCUCCUCGUCCCCUAUCCCCCUCUAACACAUCCGACUCGGACCUAUCUGAAAUCUCCCAAACUGAUCUCUCUGCCCUGGAGCGCCAAAUCAAGGCGCGCGGUACAUAUCCUUCCCCUUCUGCCUCCAAUCGCUCUUCCGCCAAAGCAUCCCCCGCCCCGGAAGCCAUGGCUUCCCCCCCUCCCAGCAAUGACGAUGAUGAGCGGCCACGCAAAAAGCGCAAGGUCGCCGACCCUAAAGAGCGCACCACGGCGCGUCUCGAUCUAAGAAAGGAUCUCACCGACUCUGAUAAGCCGCAACUAGACCGCCUUUUGAAGACACUCCACAAGAAGCGAAAAAUCGUCGUCAUCGCAGGCGCUGGCAUCUCCGUCGCUGCUGGAAUUCCCGAUUUCCGUUCUUCCACCGGUCUUUUCAAGACAUUGCGCAAUGACCAUAAGCGCAUAUCUUCUGGCAAAGACCUUUUCGACGCGUCUGUUUACCAGGAUGAUUCUUCCACGUCAUCUUUUCACGAUAUGGUUCGCAACCUCUCGCAGCAAACCAAACAGGCCGAGCCCACAGAGUUUCACCACCUUCUUGCUACCUUGGCCAAAGAAGGGCGCCUACUACGCUUAUACACGCAAAAUGUAGACGGCAUCGAUAGUGCGUUGGAGCCCUUGCGAACCACCGUACCUCUUCCUAAAAAGGGACCUUGGCCGAAAACUGUUCAACUGCACGGCGGCCUUGAUCACAUGGUCUGUUCCAAGUGCCACGCCCUUUCCGAUUUCAAGGCCGAAAAGUUCGAUGGGCCUGUCCCUCCCGCAUGCCCUACUUGCGUGGAGAAUGAUUCUGUCAGGCAGGUUGCUGAAAAACGAAGCCAUGGUAUUGGACGACUUCGCCCUCGCAUGGUUUUGUACAACGAGCACAAUCCCGAUGAUGAGGCUAUCGGGUCAUGCGUUGCUGCCGAUCUACGUACACGGCCGGAUGCUGUCAUCGUCGCUGGUACCACUUUGAAAGUUCCAGGUGUCCGAAGAAUUACUCGUGAGAUGUGCUUGACGGUUAAAGAUCGGAAAGAUGGCGUCAACAUUUGGAUCAAUAAUGAUCCGGAACCUCUGGGAAAAGACCUUGCAGAUGUCUGGGACCUCGUGGUGCAAGGCCCCUGUGAGGAAGUUGCUCGGCAUGCUUGCAUGCUGCAUCAUGACGCCGAAAUUCCUCGCGUCGUUUCCGACGAGCAGGUGCCUAAGCAGCAGCCAACAGUCGUCAUCCCUGGAUCCCAGACGCCCAAGAAAGCAAUCAAGGUACAAGGACAGCUCACACCUGCCCAAAGCCCUCGUACGUUUGCUCAUAGAUCUAUCAAGUCUGAGAUUAUCGACGAGCCUGAUACACCAUCCAAAAGAGGCACGAAAAGAAAACCACAGGACACCCAACCUAGUGCGUUCGCAAAAUUGGACGGAAAACCGGCUCCCAAGGCUCCUGCCAAGCGCUCCCAAACUCAGUCGAAGAAGGCGGCCAAGAAAAACACCAAGGAGACGAGACCGAAGACGCCACUGAUGACUGAUAUGUUGAAGGCCAAGAAGGGUGCAGCUACGAAGCAGAAUUCAUCUUCGAAGAUGGCGGUUUCAAAGUACACCAAGAUUGUUGAGAAUGAUACAAUCCAACUGGCUUCACAAAGCAUCCCAGUCACGCCGAAAAAGAAUCGAGAGAAUACGCCGAAAGUUAACUCGAAGGCUGCAACAGGAGCUCAGGUUACAAAGUUUAAACUGGAUACCACUUUGGCUCAGAUUCCUCCAUCAGAUCCUCGAAACAACCGGUCGCCACAACGUCCAGACAUAGAGGCGUUCACUCCUGCUAAACGAACCCCCAACCAGCAACUUCAAGAAGAAUCUGCUCAUCAUAGGUUUCAAGAUAUCCCAGCCACAUGCGAUUCUCGUCCUUCGUCUGCUGGUUCACGCAAGUCCAUUUCUCUGGGCGAUAUCUUGAACCCUGUUACCUCUGUAUAA